AUGUCUUGGAAUGAACAGCACUGCAAUCGUCCGGUGUGUCCGCACACUGCGCAAUUUGCAGUGUCAGCACCUACACGUUUUCGUACUGCCAAUCCCGAUUACUCACUAUGGUUGAUCCAGAUUCCUCAUCCGCUGCGCACAACGUGCAACAGUACCUUCCUAGUAAACCUUUUAGAAACGCAAAAAUCGCAGCGAGCAACGACAAAGUGCUCAAGGCAACCCUGCUUUCUACAAGAGCGUUUUCCGGCUACCGCAGAGACAAUUGAAACAGCUUCAACCGUGUUGUACUUCACUGUUCGAGUAGAAUCUUGUUCCAUCCUUCAGCAUGGAGCCAAUGACUGA